CCUGGGAUGCCAAGCAUGUGGAGUCCAAAGAAGCAUGAUGGGCUUGGUUCCAAUUGGUCUGCUACGCACUUCAUGUUCUACGCCCAACCAUGAACAAGCUCAGAAAGCCCAAGCCACCCGCCACGAUAUACAGCCCACCGUCAAGUGCCCAAACAGCUCGAUCUGACAUUAAUAAUAAUAACCAACAUUUGGUCUCUGAAUCUGUUCAAAGCAAACCUCCAGUAUCGAGAACGAUGCAGAUCGCGAGUGCCUCACUUGCUGUGGAAAGAAUCUCUACCGCUAAGAACACGCUGGAAUAUCCUAAGACGACAUGGUACUCUGCACCUGCUGCUGCCAAGCCUCGCACAUCCGUCGAGCAGUACUGGGCUGCGCGUGCACUGGUGGCCGAAACGGUGCUGACAACACGUGUUCAGUAUCAGAAGGAAAUGACAGACGUGAGGCUAGGGAAGGAAGAGAAGCAGACGAACCAACUUGCGGCUCUCAUGCGGGCGAGCGAAGAACGGCAGAGCAGGCUCGAAAAGUUCGUCGUAGCCCUUUUAGCAUGUUUUAUACUUCUCUUCCUUGCGUUAAUUUAUAUACUGCUGCGUGAUUCCCCGAAAUCUAAGGGUGCCUCGCACUUUACGAUACCGAUACUCUCCCCGUUUACUUCAGUGGUCGAACAUGAAACAGGCAUCAUCAGUGCGAGAUCCGUGUCAUUCUUCAUUCUCGUCGUAGGCAUCUUAUCAUACGCCAUCUUCCGACAUUGGUUGUCAAAAAAAAGAUAGCCCCCAUGGUACAAGAUUUAGGUUGUAAUUUAAUGCGUGGCUGAUGUAGCCAUGAGAACGAUGAUAACUUCGCUUCCCAGCACAAAGUAGGCCUAGGCUAUUGGGAGCCUCGGGCUAUUUUUUGCAAAGGGCACGUGUAUCCGAUACUGGCGGUUUGCAUGCCCAUUCCUCGUGCGCAUUGAGUCCAAAUCGACUUCAAGACUCUGAGCACGCAUACGAAUUCAAGUCGACUUUAACAGAGCACGUUGAAUAACUAGUACUAUAGUUAGUAGUACUUACUUAAUG